GGGGCGGCGGCGGCGGCGGGCGCGGGGCCUGCGGGGCCUGCGGGGCCUUGCGGGGCCUGGGGCUGCGCGCCAGCCGGCCGGGCCGCCAUGGCGACCAGGAAGGGGGGCUCGCGGCUGGAGACGGAGAUCGAACGCUGCCGCUCCGAGUGCCAGUGGGAGCGGAUCCCCGAGCUCGUCAAGCAGCUGUCGGCCAAGCUCAUCGCCAACGAUGACAUGGCAGAACUUCUUCUCGGGGAGUCAAAGCUGGAGCAGUACCUGAAGGAGCACCCCCUAAGGCAGGGUGCCAGUCCCCGAGGCCCCAGGCCCCAGCUGACCGAGGUCCGCAAGCAUCUGACUGCCGCCUUGGACCGAGGGAACCUCAAGUCAGAAUUCCUACAAGAAUCCAAUCUGAUCAUGGCCAAGUUGAAUUAUGUGGAAGGAGAUUAUAAAGAAGCUCUGAACAUUUAUGCCCGGGUGGGCCUCGAUGACCUGCCGCUGACGGCCGUCUCUCCGUACAGGUUGCGCAUGAUUGCCGAAGCCUACGCUACCAAAGGACUUUGUUUAGAGAAGCUGCCUAUUUCGUCUUCUACCAGUAACCUUCAUGUGGACCGGGAACAGGAUGUCAUCACCUGUUAUGAGAAAGCAGGGGACAUCGCACUCUUGUACCUCCAAGAGAUAGAAAGGGUAAUCCUUACUAAUAUUCAAAACAGAAGCCCUAAGCCUGGCCCUGCUCCCCACGAUCAAGAACUAGGUUUUUUCCUAGAAACAGGACUUCAGAGAGCCCAUGUCCUCUAUUUCAAAAAUGGGAACUUGACAAGAGGAGUUGGAAGAUUUAGAGAGAUUCUCAGAGCAGUGGAAACGAGAACAACACAAAACCUGCGGAUGACAAUCGCCAGGCAGUUGGCGGAGAUCUUGUUGCGGGGUAUGUGUGAGCAGAGCUACUGGAACCCCCUGGAGGAUCCUCCAUGCCAGUCCCCUCUGGACGAUCCUCUCCGGAAAGGAGCAAACACCAAAACCUACACCCUCACCCGCAGAGCCCGGGUCUACUCAGGAGAGAACAUUUUUUGUCCUCAAGAAAAUACUGAAGAGGCCCUGUUGUUACUGCUGAUUAGUGAAUCAAUGGCCAACCGGGACGCUGUGCUGAGCAGGAUACCAGAGCACAAAAGUGACCGCCUCAUCAGUCUGCAGAGUGCGUCUGUGGUCUACGAUUUGCUGACCAUUGCUCUUGGAAGAAGGGGCCAGUAUGAGAUGCUAUCAGAGUGCUUAGAAAGAGCCAUGAAGUUCGCCUUUGAGGAGUUCCACCUGUGGUACCAGUUCGCUCUCUCACUGAUGGCUGCUGGAAAAUCUGCUCGAGCUGUGAAGGUGCUGAAAGAGUGCAUCCGGCUGAAGCCCGACGACGCAACCAUCCCGCUCCUCGCCGCCAAGCUGUGUAUGGGCUCCCUGCACUGGUUGGAAGAGGCUGAGAAGUUUGCCAAAACUGUUGUUGAUGUGGGAGAAAAAACAUCAGAGUUCAAGGCCAAAGGCUACUUAGCUCUCGGGCUCACGUACAGUCUGCAGGCCACUGACGCUUCUUUGCGAGGGAUGCAGGAGGUCCUGCAGAGGAAGGCUCUUCUUGCAUUUCAGAGGGCACACAGCCUGUCACCUACAGAUCACCAAGCAGCUUUCUACCUGGCUCUUCAGCUUGCAAUCUCCAGACAGAUUCCAGAGGCCCUAGGCUAUGUCCGCCAAGCUCUUCAGCUUCAAGGUGAUGAUGCCAACUCCCUGCACCUCCUUGCCCUCCUGCUGUCCGCACAAAAGCACUACCAUGAUGCUCUCAACAUCAUUGACAUGGCCCUGAGCGAAUAUCCAGAGAACUUUAUACUACUGUUUUCCAAAGUGAAGUUGGAGUCACUCUGCCGGGGCCCAGAUGAGGCACUGCUCACCUGUAAGCACAUGUUACAAAUAUGGAAAUCCUGCUACAACCUAACCAAUCCCAGUGACUCUGGACGUGGAAGCAGCCUGUUAGAUAGAACCAUCGCUGACAGACGGCAGCUUAACACAAUCACUUUGCCAGACUUCAGUGACCCCGAGACAGUGUCAGAUUCCUCCUCCUCCUCCUCUCCUCUUUCAAGAACCGAAUCUCCUCUCCACCUGUUUGUAUCUUCUCAUCUUCAUUCUCAUCCCAAACCUGACACCUUUGUGUGGCCCCCUGCAAGCCAUUCAUUCAGUGACUCAGGUCCCCACCGCCGCUGGGAAUCCUCUCUCUGCAACUCUCCAGAAGCAUACUUUCAUGGUUUUCCUUCCCUUUUUUCAGUUAGCUCUGUCCAUGCCACAUCUGUGGCAGCCUCAAGAGUGGAGCAAGCACUGUCAGAAGUGGCCUCAUCUCUGCAGAGCAGUGCUCCCAAGCAGGGCCCACUACAUCCCUGGAUGACGCUGGCACAGAUCUGGCUCCAUGCAGCUGAGGUCUACAUUGGCAUCGGGAAGCCUGCGGAAGCCACAGCCUGUACUCAAGAAGCUGCCAACCUCUUCCCGAUGUCCCAUAACGUCCUGUACAUGCGGGGCCAGGUGGCUGAGCUCCGAGGAAACAUGGAUGAGGCUCGACGGUGGUAUGAGGAGGCCCUGUCCAUCAGCCCUACCCAUGUGAAGAGCAUGCAGCGCCUGGCCCUGAUCCUCCACCAGCUGGGCCGCUACAGCCUGGCAGAGAAGAUCCUCCGUGAUGCCGUGCAGGUGAAUUCCACGGCUCAUGAGGUCUGGAAUGGGCUGGGCGAGGUCCUCCAAGCCCAGGGCAACGACGCGGCGGCCACCGAGUGCUUCCUGACGGCCUUGGAGCUGGAGGCCAGCAGCCCCGCCGUGCCCUUCACCAUCAUCCCCCGCGUGCUCUGAGCAGGUGCCUGCCUCACCACCCUGCAGGCCAGGGACACCUGGCCUGGGCCACCAGGGAUCACCCCAAGGCCCCAGGGGUCAAAUCUGCCACACCGAGGCCCCAGAUGAACGUUAAAUGACCACAGCGACUAACCCAGCCAACCCGAGCGAGUCACCACUCCCUCCUUGUGCAUCUCUCUUCUUCUUCGCCAGCCCAGUGAUAGUUUCUGAACCUGCUGGCCUUGUUCCAAAUGGAUUAUGUGCCAUACUUGGUUAGUUGACAUCCAAGUUUGAAGUACAAUGAUUAUGGAAUUAAUCAGCAAAUGUAGAAGAAUAUAUUCAAAGUUCAAAAUUCAGUGACAGAACAGAUUAUUUUUAUCAGAGCUGUAAAGAAAGCAACUGUCCUGUCCUGUGUCCCCACCUCCGCCCCCGCCCCACCGUGGCCCAGAAACCAAAUGUGAAUCUUCUGUUUCCCACCUCAGUACUUGUCCACGCCAGGACACCAGCUGACAAUUUCUUGGUUUUAUUGUCAAUAAUUGUACCAUGUGAUGAAUUACUGUUCUCCUCACUUAGAACAAAGCCUGAGUCCAAGAAUAUUUAUAUUUUACCAAUAUAUGCCUGUUACGAGAGAAGGAAAUAUGAGUUAUUUAAGUUUAACUUUUUUAUGUGAAUUCAGAGUUUAUUUAUUGAUGGAAAUAUGUACAAAGAAGCUUCAAAUGGAAUAUUUACCGACAUUCCUUAUACAUUACAGACACUUGGCUAAAUGGGAAGAGGAUAUUAAUUUAAAAAAUGAUUUUUAAAUGGA